GGGUCAAAACAAGAUGGCGGUAUCUGGAUUGGCUACAGCAAUUCUGGCAGUGAUAGCCAUACCAGUGUUUUAUGGCGUUGUUAAGCUAGCGGGGCUCAUCAUUCGUGCGAGGAGAUUUUACAAAAUCCUUGCUCCAGUGCCCAGCGAGCCCAUGCACUGGUUUUGGGGUCACCUGCAUCUGUUUCCAGGAAUGAACGAAGCCGGCCUUGCUUACUACCGGAAGCAUGGGGCAAAAUAUCCUCGGAUAGAAAAAGGAUUUUUAACGCCAUUGAUCCCUAUUGUGGGAUUGAAAUGUCCAAGCGCAUUUCGGGCUAUUUUGCAAGAGCCCAAACCAAGUUUUUUGGCCUACGAAUGGCUUAAAGAGUGGCUCGGAGAUGGUUUGCUGAUUAGUAAGGGUAAGAAAUGGGCCCGGAAUCGAAAACUACUGACCCCAGCGUUCCACUUUGACAUACUGAGGCCUUAUAUUCAGGUUUACAAUGAAGGUGCUGACAAACUGUUGCAUAAAAUGUCACAAUACGCGGAGACCGGAGAGCAUUUGGAGUUGUUCAGUAACAUCAGUUUGGCAACGCUAGAUAUACUCCUGUGUUGCGCAUUUUCCUAUGAAAACGACAUCCAAGAGAUAGGUCAACUAGAUGACCUCUGGCAGAGAUCGAGCAAAGCAAAGGGAUACAAUAUGAAAUGUCCACGUGUGAAACUCUUCUCUGUUCUUGUUUCACCGUCUCAAAAAUGUCUAUAUUUCAGGGAGAGUCACCCGUACGUCCACGCUGUCUCAGAGAUGCAGGACGCCAUGAUGCACAGGGUGCUCACCCCGUGGCUCCACCUAGAGUGGAUAUGGCGACUGAGCCCUACAGGGAGGAAGUUCAAGAAAAACUGCAAAUAUGUUCACAGCGUAUCUGAAGAGAUCAUCAGAAAGAGGCGAGAGACUUUGAAGCAGGAGGAAGGCAGCAACAAAAACCGAGCACGCUAUCUUGACUUUUUGGACAUUUUAUUAACUGCUCGAGAUUCUGACGGUCAAGGGUUGACUGAUGAAGAAAUACGAGAUGAAGCUGACACAUUUUUAUUUGAAGGCCAUGACACCACGGCCAGCAGUAUCUCCUGGAACUUGUACUCUCUGGCAGAACAUCCCGAGGUUCAACAGCGAGCUCAGGCGGAGAUAGAUGCCCUGCUAGAUGGAAGAGAGGACCAAAACGUUACCUGGGACGAUAUCCACAAUUUACCGUACUUGACGAUGUGUAUAAAAGAGGGGAUGCGGCUCCAUGCACCAGUGCCAUUUGUCCAGAGAGAGCUCAGUAAGGAUAUGGAGAUAGAUGGGGUGAAACUGCCUCGUGGUCUUCUCUUAGACCUACAUUUGUAUACGUUACAUCAUAACCCCACAAUAUGGGAUAAUGAUAUGGAGUACAGACCAGAAAGAUUUUCACCAGAGAAUAUAGAAAAGAUGGAUCCGUUCGCCUACUUGCCAUUUUCUGCAGGACCAAGAAAUUGUAUCGGACAAAAUUUCGCCAUGCACGAGCAGAAGGUUGUCAUAGCUAGGAUAUUACACAGGUUCAUCCUGUCCACAGACCCAACCCACACCCCGAGGAAGAAGAUAAGUUUAGUGAUGAAGGCGGAGGACGGCAUCUACAUCAAACUUACGCCAAGAUAGACUGCUGGUUUAUUUUCAAUAAUGAUUUGAUACAGUAUUUUUUUACUGCUCAUAUACAUACUAGCAUUUAUUCAAAUCCGUUUAAAACCCAACAAGUCACAAGAUACGAGAACUGAAAUGACCAUAGUGCAAGCCAGAUGUGCAUUUUUUUUCUGAAGAGGAGACAUAAUUAAAGUAACAAAAAUAAUUUUAUUGGUAACCUCAAAGAAACAGUUUGCAAAUAGUUUAUUAGCGGUUAUAGCAUUACAAGUUAGAGUCGUCCUUAAUAAAAAAA